AUAAGAAUAAAGAGCGCGCAAUCAACGCGAACUAUCUCGUCAGUCUCGCACAAUGCACGUAUGUACCUCGCUUACGGGCACUAUGCCCACUGCCCAGAUAAAGGUAUUUCGAGCAUCAUUUGUCGGUGCCCAGGAUAACUCGCACCUGAAUCGAUUAGUCUUCAUUCGUGAUAAAAAAAAUUUAUCACGGUAGAAUCGUCUCUAAUUUCUUCCUUCGAAUUUUCUCUUCGAAAUCAAUAUUCUUGCAUUAUUUUACGAUCAUUUUCUAUUAAUUUUUAGUAAGACCCCUCGCAUUUUCAAAAAACUAAAAACGCAAGAAAAAACACCUACACAUGAACAUAAGUCAAUCUUUCGCUUACUAUGUUGCUUUAACUUUCCGAUUUAUUUAUUUAGUUUAUUUAGUUCGUAUUAUUAUCAAUGUCUUCUCAACAUAUAUAUUCCCUGGUCGUUUUAUAUAACGUAUGCUAAAAUUAACGAAACAGAGAAUUUCAUGUACAAAAUUACAUGACCGUCCAUCGACAUUGCAUACUAAAAUACUAAUUCUAUUCUAUAAAUUGUCAUAACAUUAAAAAAAAAAAAAUUAGUUCAAAAUAGCUUUGCCACUUUUGUACAAACUCUAAGAGUAUCGAUAAAGUAAAUUUCUUUCCUUGUUACGUUUGCGUGUGAACUAUCGUAUCAUUUAUUAUCAACUAUUUAUUAUCCAGUUGCCUGUUCUUUACCGUAUGCACUUGAUCUCGCGCACUUUCAGUACUUCUUUUACGAAGUCAGUACCACGAAGUUAUAACUUCAAAUUCCUCGGACUUGAACUUAUCGACGUAAGACAUUCUAUUGCGUAGAGCAAUAUGCUUGAUUUCGUCUCAGAUGGAUCAUGGCUGAAAAUAUAUCGAGAUCGAUCGUUAAAGAGAUAAUCGAUACACGCCUAAUCUCGUUAAUAUGACACAUGAAGUAAUGAAAAAAAAACAAAACAUUUUCGAAACGAAUAUACAAUAAAUACUUUUUUCCUGAACAGAAUGCAUGCUUUUUCUUAUACGAUGCCGAUUUUCGUUUUGUAAAGCAAGAAUAAAAAAAAAACAAGCUGUAAUAUGUACAAUGAAAACAUAUUUUUAUUUCAAUGUACGCAAUUAUGAUUAUUGUUAAUUAUGCGGUAGAAAGAAAAAAAUAUAUCAAAAAUGGAAAAAAUAGAGCAAUGUAAUAAUGACAGCGAUAAUAAGAGUGAUGGAGAUGAUGAUGGAAAUAAUAAUGACGAUGACGAUGAUGAUGAAAUUGAUAAUGAUAAUGAUAAAGACAAUGAUGAUAAUGACGGCGACGAUGAAGAACUGAAGAAAGAAGAUGAUUUUGUACCUGAUGAGAACGAUCAUGAGAAUAAUCAUAAUAACAAAUAUUAGUAAUAAUAACGUCCGUUAAUUACACAUCAAUUACAACACACUCACAUUGUUCCGACUAAAAUGCAAAUUUGCUAUCUUUGUCAAAGAUCAAAAGAAUAGCAGCAAUCAUCUUUUUCAUUACAGUUCUCGGUAGUACAGCUCGGAAAGCCAUUUAACAAGAAUGAGCCAUGCUAAUAUAGGAAUGAAGGUGAACGCAAAUAAUUUGCCAAAUAUACGACAAAGAAAAUCAGAGAAGAAAUUUUAUGUGAGCAGAAUGGUGGGACUAGAUAGCGAUGAGUCACUUCGAUCGAAUAUUUCCGAUAUUAUGGAAGUGGAAAUAAAAACUGACGAAGAAACGGAAAGCGAUGGAGAACAUACACAGCGACUUAUACCAUCGCCAACUGAUCACGAAUGCAUCAACGAUGAUGCAAAAAAGUCGGUCACACGAGACACUCAAUUUAGGCAAUUCAAAGAUGAGAAUGUCUGGUCUAUGUCUAUACAAAUGUUUGUGCCUUUUCUGUUAGCUGGUUUUGGUAUGGUGGCUGCAAGUAUGUUACUGGAUGUUGUACAGCAUUGGCCGGUAUAUCAAACGGUAUCCGAGGUGUACAUAUUGGUACCAGCACUGCUUGGCUUAAAAGGGAAUUUGGAAAUGACAUUAGCUUCUCGAUUUUCAACUCAUGCAAAUCUUGGACACAUGGAUACAAAGAAACAGCAAUGGACUUUAAUCGUUGGAAAUCUUGCUUUAAUACAGUGUCAAGCAACUGUAGUGGGCUUACUGGCUUCUUUAGCUGCUAUCAUACUUGGUUGGAUUCCCGAAGCACAAUUUGACAUUUACCAUGCGCUUUUGUUGUGCGCCAGUGCCUUAGUUACUGCAUCCAUAGCAAGCUUUUUAUUGAGCUUGGUGAUGGUUGCAGUUAUAUUAUUAUCCAAACAGAUAAACAUCGAUCCGGAUAAUAUAGCUACACCGAUUGCAGCUUCUCUUGGUGAUUUAACAACUUUGAUGCUUCUUUCAGGAAUAGCAUCUCUUCUGUUCAAAGCAACAGAAUAUGCACCAUGGAUAGCACCGAUGUUAAUAAUAUUUCAUGUCAUUGUCACGCCAGUUUGGUAUUACAUUGCAGCUAAGAAUCCAUUUACAAGGGAAAUAUUAGAUUAUGGCUGGGCACCUGUGAUAUGUGCAAUGUUAAUUAGCAGUUGCUUAACGGUGGUUUCCAUUAAUUUUAGUAUAGGUGGUUUGAUACUAGAUUAUACAGUAUCCAAUUAUAAGGGUAUAGCAGUAUUUCAAUUAGUAAUAAACGGUGUUGGCGGCAAUUUAGCCGCUGUUCAAGCUAGUAGAAUAUCGACAUCUUUGCAUAAAGAUCACCGGUCUAACAGUCAAGAAGUACCCACUGUUCGUUUUAACCCAUUCAACGUUUUCUGUACCAAAGAUAUCUUUUAUGAGGUACAGUAUGAAUGCAUUAUAGGCGGACACGCAAGGACUGCUAGAGUUUUAUUAACAAUGGUAAUACCUGGUCAUUUAAUAUUUAGCUAUACCAUUAGUUACCUUCAAGCUGGUCAUACUUCUUUUACGCCCAUAUUUCUUAUUGUUUAUUUGACUGCUGCUUUAGUACAGGUAAUAUUGUUGUUGUAUAUUACGCAAUUAAUGGUUGUAUGGAUGUGGAUACGAGGGAUGGACCCAGAUAGUUCUGCAAUACCAUAUCUAACUGCAGCAGGUGAUUUGUUAGGAACGGCACUAUUAGGAAUCGCGUUUCACAUACUGUAUGCCAUCGGAGACGGAGAUUCUGAUGUUGGAGAUUGAUUAGACUUUGUAUUCAAAGUUCGCGUGAAGUAUUGAAAAUGUACAGAAAAAAGUACAAUCCUAUGUUAUGUUUGAUCAAGUUUAGGACAUUCAUACAAUUCCUAUCCUUGUAUGUUCCACAACAAAUCAUAUUACUAUUAUUUUUGCCUUUCGCUUUUUUUACAUUUUCUUAUAGUUUUUUUUCUUUUUCUUUUUUUCAUUUUCCGCUGUACAGUUUUUUUUUUCCUCGUUUUGAUGCAAAAAGGACUAAAACGAAGAGAAGUUGUCUAAGAGCAAAGUUUAGGAUUGUUUCAAUGAUCAUUUCAUAGGCAAAUACAUUCAUGAAGUUUACACGUGUGAUCGAAUUGUUCGAUUUUUAAAUGUAAAUUUACGUACUUUUUACGCGUAAGUUACUAAUGUAUAAAAAUACAUACUUAUCGUUUGUAUUGCUCUAUAUAUACAUGCAAACAUGUAUAUAUACAAACAUUAUCGAACACGUUCAUUUCAAUUGCCAUUAAAUUUAAAGCGAGCACGCUGACCAUAUCGUAUGUAACGAAACAUGCUCAACUAUUUUGUACCAAAUAUUGUACUUAUCAGUCGAAAUAAAUUCGACUCAAAUGCAUACGUCAUUGUACUUUUAUUUAUCAUUUCUCAUCACUUUCCAGGACUUUUACCGUUCUGUUUUUAUUACCUACUGUAUGAUUAUAUGAUUGCUGUAAAAAUUGAAGCACGUAACCCAGAACGAGCAUUGAACGAGCGGUGGGGGUAGAAUGGAUUAAGCAAGAGAAGAAGAAAGCGAAGAAAAAAGAAAAAUAGAACAAAAGAGGUAAAAGUUUCAUAGUAAGAUAUACACACAGGGGUAAGAACAAUACGAGCGCGGUCAAAGAUAGGUCAAACAGUAAUAUGGUUCGAGUUAAGCACAAUUCUACUUGGUCUGUUACAGUGGUGUCUUUCUUUCGUAUGAUAUUGUACGAUCGAGUUACGAAUAGGGCUUAAAGGUUUGUAAGCGUAAUCGCAUAAGCGAGGCAUUUGAGCGUGUGCGUUCAACGAAUAUACAUCGUGAUGCGUGCACGUGCACAUCAACAUUAGUCAACGAUUCGCACACGCACAACGUACAAACGAAACGACCAAGCUGUGGUUGAGAAGCACAUCAGCCUGUCUCCGUCAAUGAAAUAGUUAGAUCUGUCAGUGCCAACUAUCGCCUCGUUCUCGGCGGAGCCUUUUAGAUUUUAUCUAUCGUGUUGCUUGAUUAAGUCGUUUUCUAAAACUGUUCUCGUACUGACCUCCCUGCAUUCGCCGCGAUAGCUUCUAGUUCUCAAGAAGAAAGGGAGAGAGUGUCGCCUGUUUCACCGGUCGAAUAUCCGUUUCUAUAUUUCUUUUGAAUUGCCUUGUACUGGAUACGUACCAAACGAGAAGACAAUCAAAGAAAUAAAAAUCUGCCGAGUCCAUUCCAUUUUCUCUCGGAUCCGUGUCAUUCUUUCUCGUUUGCAUUUAUCGUGCCCCAUUCGAACUGUUGUAGAUACAAACGUCCUUCAUUACUCCGUCCUUCAUUCAUAGUUUACUUAUCGUCGAUCACGAA